AUGACUUUCUCCAGCCUGUGCUAUCCAGAAUGCGGGGUGGCCCGGCCCUGUCCAGUCACUGGUACCUGCAACGAGCCGUGCGUUAGGCAGUGCCAGGACUCCGAAGUGGUGAUCAGACCCUCACCGGUUGUCGUAACCCUCCCAGGACCAAUUAUGAGCAAUUUCCCUCAGCACAGUGGAGUGGGAGCCCUAGGAGCACCUGUGGUCGGACCCGGUUUCGGGGGCUCAUUCGGUCGUGGGGGAUACGGCUAUGGAGGCCUUUACGGAGGAUUGUAUGGUUUAGGGGGAUACGGUGGUUACGGCAGCCAUUAUGGUUAUGGGGGAUUAUGGGGCCAUGGGGGAUACUGUGGUUACCCAGGUCUUUAUGGUUACGGGGGAUUAUGGGGAUACGGGGGAUAUGGCCGAUACGGUUGUUACGGCAGCCAUUACGGUUAUGGGGGAUUAUGUGGUUAUAGGGGAUUAGGCAGUUACCUGGGCGGUUAUGGUUAUGGGGGAUUAUGUGGUUCCGGGGUAUCUUGCCAUAGGUACCUCAGUGGAAACUGUGGCCCAUGUUAA